GGGAGAUCAUCCUCAUUCGUGGAGUUAAUUAUUAUAAAGUAAAAAGAGGUAAUUAAUAAAGAUGCAGGCUGUGAAGGACAAGAUAAGCGACAUGAAGGAGAUGCGCCAGGCCAAGGCCGAAGCCAAGGCAGAAGAGAAGGCUGAGAAGGAGAUCGCAAAGGCCAGGAUGGACGUGGCGCAUGAGAUCCGACUGGCGAAGGAGGCGGAGGCUGCAAUGGGGAUACACAUGGCCAAUGCGGGAGAGAGGGUUGAAAGGGAGAUAGCCAAGCACAAGGGCAACAAUUCUUCCCCUCCAGGAAUGGGGAUUUAACUAUCAAAUCCUUAGAAUUAGCAAAUAAUUAAAAAAAAAAAAAAAGAACCCCCUGAUGUUCCGUGUUGUUUAUUUUCUUAUUCUAACCUUGUUUAGAUGUUACAAAAUUUAUUUCUAUAUAUAUUUCAUUUAUUAAUUAUUAUGUGAUAAGAAGUGGUAACACUCAAGUUACCUAAGUUUGUAACUUGCACUGAUAUUGUUUGUCUUUUG